AUGGCCAAUCAUCUUCUGCGCGUACGCGACGCGCCUCCUGUCGGCAAGAACUGGGCGUCCAAGUUUGUCAAGCGCCGGCCAGAGCUCCGGACGCGUUUUUCUCGUAAAUAUGACUACCAGAGGGCUAAAUGCGAAGAUGCAAAGCUUAUCGGUGAGUGGUUUGCUCUCGUACGGAAUACAAAGGCAAAAUAUGGGAUCCUUGAUGAUGACACCUACAACUUCGACGAGACUGGCUUUAUGAUGGGCGUCAUCUUCGCAGGCAUGGUCGUCACAACAUCUGACGGCCGUUCGAGAGCUAAAUUAGCCCAACCUGGUAAUCGGGAAUGGUCGACUGUGAUCCAGGCCGUCAGCGCACUCGGUUGGGCUAUCCCGCCGUUCAUCAUCCUCGCCGCCCAACACCAUCUCGCCAAUUGGUAUCAAGAGUGCGAUCUUCCGGCCAACUGGCGCAUCGCCACAACCGACAAUGGCUGGACUACCAACGAGGUUGGUCUAGAUUGGAUCAAACACUUCGAUCAUCACACUGCGCCUUGUACGAAGGGCCCAUAUCGGCUGCUGAUCCUCGACGGCCACGAAAGCCACCACUCAACCGAAUUCGAGCUCUAUUGCAAAGAGCAUAACAUCAUCACGCUCUGCAUGCCCUCACAUUCCUCUCAUCUCCUUCAACCGCUAGAUGUUGGUUGCUUUGGACCACUCAAGCAAGCAUAUGGCCGCCAGAUCGAAGACCUGAUGCGAACGCAUAUCACACACAUCACCAAACUCGAGUUCCUCUGCGCCUUCCGCGAGGCCUUCUUUUCUUCCAUGACCGAGAAAAAUAUACAAGGAGGCUUCGCAGGGGCCGGUCUUGUGCCGUACGACCCUCGGAGGGUUCUGUCAAAGCUUGAUGUACAGCUACGAACACCGACACCGCCGGUAACCCUCCCUGGGACCCCGCAAGCUUGGGUCCCAAAGACGCCGCAAAAUGCGCGUGAGGCUACUUCGCAGUCAAAGCACAUCAAGAAUCGCAUCUCCGCUCAUCAAAACAGCUCUCCAACCUCCAUGCUAGCCGCCGUAGACCAACUUGAAAAGGGGACAACAGUCAUCAUGCAUCAGGUGGCACUUCUACGUGCUGAGGUCUCGACGCUUCUCGACAGUUAG